CAAAAUAAAAAAAAAAUUCAAUCUAACAAUUGUUGAAAAAAAAUCAAUAACUAACCCAUUCAAACCGCACAUCCCUUUCUUAUUCUCAAACAACAAUUGAUCAGCAUUCUUCUUCGGUCCAUCAACACAACAAUUUCAUCCUUCAAUCAACACAGCAACUCAACACAACAAUCUUUGUCCCGAAAUCAUCGCUGCUCAACGAACCGCCUCAAGAACCCAACAAUUCCAUCUUUACUUAUAAAAUUUGUGGUCAAUUAACAAUGGAUUGGAGUGUACUUGCGAUUUCUGCGUCUGUGUUUUGGAUAGCAUCUUUAUGCAAAAUUUUGCAUGUAUCAUACUUCCCUUCGAAAGAUCAAUAUUUUGAUUCUGGUGACAACUUAUGUAAGAAAACGGUCUUGCUUGUAAUUGCACAUCCUGACGAUGAAUCCAUGUUCUUCACUCCAACUAUUAACUAUCUGACAUCAAGAGGGCAUGAUGUUCACAUCUUAUGCUUGUCUAGUGGCAAUGCAGAUGGGAUGGGAAACAUUAGGAAAGAUGAGCUUUACAAGGCUUGUGCAAUCUUGAAGCUUCCUUUGAAACAAGUGGUAGUUCUUGACCAUCCCGAGCUUCAGGAUGGGUUUGGAAAUAUGUGGAACCACAUCUUUAUUGCUAAAUUAGUUGAAGAUCACAUCAAAUCGCUUGGCAUUAAUACGGUUAUUACCUUUGAUAGCUAUGGGGUUUCUGGCCAUUGCAAUCACCGAGAUGUACAUUUUGGUAUAAGAAAGGUUUUACUUGAUUCUCAACAAAGUAGUUUAGAAGUUUGGGAACUGGAUAGUAGCAGUAUACUACGCAAGUAUAGUGGACCAAUAGAUAUCUGGUUAUCUAUGUUUAUGGCCAGGGGUCGUUCGCGUAUGAAAUUCCUCUGCCUAGUCAAUGAGCAUCCUCUCAAGACCUUUCAAGCGAUGGCACAGCAUGCGAGCCAAUGGGUUUGGUUUAGGAAGCUAUUUGUAUGCUUUUCCAGUUACACAUACGUGAACACACUUCGAAAGAUUGAGCUUUAGUUUUAUGAUUCCAAAGUCAGAACCUGAGCUCAAUGACCCCAAAAAGCACGAGAUUUUGAGAAGAAUUAUCCAUUUUGCACUGUAACAACAGCACCACUGCGUCGUUGCAAGGGAGCACAAUCGAAUCUAUGACCCAAGGUGGUGAAAGGUACUUGAUGAACUGUUUUUGCUGCCUGCAACUGAGUGACAUAACUUUCACCUAAACUCGUUUUUUGCUUUCUUGUUAUGAAGUUUUUGUUCAGGUGAAUUCUUAAUAUAUCUUUUUGCUAGACUCAA